GCUCCACCUCUGUCUGGGCGGGCUUGAGACGCGUCUACCUGCAUCUGCCCCGUUAUUUAAAAGCCUCUGAGACAGACGCGCUGUCCACUCUACAAACACGAGGGAUCAGUCAGAGGUCAAAUAAAAACCAUUUGACGGAGAAGAUACAUAGCAAAGACGUUUUGGAAUAGUAAAACUUCUAAUUCUCAAUUAUACAAAACUUUUUAUUUGAUGGGACACGCAGAAGUUUCCAGCUGUCUUCUGUCCGGAGCGACACAUCACGGUGAAGAAUUGAUGGAGGCGUCGCGAACAGAACAACUCCCUGGGCAACUGCGUUUGUUCUGCACAGGAUAACAAUACAUAACUUACAAAGUCAGGUUACAUUUUGAUAUGUUUUACAACCUCAUGAGAUAGCUUUUCCAUUCAUUAACUAUAUUAUUAUUAUUUUGUUGCUUUAAAAAAAGAGAAAGAAACAGCAUCGCUCUAAAGAACCUAUAAUGUAACACUAAGAAACUUUGUGAUCUCUUAGGGGACCAUACAGUCCAAAUAAUGUAUUUAAUUAACAGCAGAGUUCUUAGUUGAACCUGUAGGAACCAGUGAAGAACCUAUGGCGUGAUUAAGAAGAGGACAGAACAUUGUUUUGGAAGUGAUUUAGAAGUGCACCCUAAUCAUAAUCAACAGAGACUGGAUGUAAAUAUGACGAGCGCCUGGUUUGCUCUGCUGAGCUUCUUGUGGAGCUGUUGUUUGGCAGGUAGCAGUUCUGUACUGGAUGGCUUUGAGCUUCAGUCCAACUUCAUACAUCGGAGGUUACGGUCUCAGGAGAAGAGGGAGAUGCAGAAAGAGAUUCUGUCCAUACUGGGACUGAACCACAGACCCAGACCGCAUCUGAACAGCGGCAAAUAUAAUUCAGCACCCCUCUUCAUGCUGGAUCUGUACAACAGCAUGUCCACUGAAGAGAAGAGCGACGUGGAUCAGUACAGGUCACUGUUCACCACCACACGACCUGCUUUGGCUUCGCAUCAUGACACUGAGUUCCUGCAUGACGCUGACAUGGUCAUGAGUUUUGUCAAUUUGGUGGAAAAUGACAGGGAGCUAUCUCUACAAAGAAGACACCAUAAAGAGUUCAAAUUCAACCUGUCCCAGAUCCCAGAGGGAGAGGCCAUCACAGCUGCAGAAUUCAGGAUCUACAAGGAGUGUGUGACCAGUGCCUUCCGGAACGAGACAUUCCUACUCAGUGUGUUCCAGGUGGUUGGGGAGCAUCCAGACAGGUUGUGGGGAGCUGAGCAGGGUUGGCUGGAGUUUGACAUUACAGCUACUAGUAAUCUCUGGGUGAUGAGUCCACAUCAUAACCUGGGUCUGCAGAUCAGUGUGGAGACCAGCAGUGGACGGAGCAUCAGUCCAAAGGAUGCAGGGUUAGUAGGCCGUGAUGGCGCUCUGGAGAGGCAGCCUUUCAUGGUGGCCUUUUUCAAAGUGAGCGAAGUCCGUAUCAGAACUUCCCGGUCUACAGGCAAACAACGCCAGCGGAACCGCAAUCGCUCCAGUAGUCCACAGGAGGCAUCAAAGGGACCGGCUCAUACAGAUUACAACAGCAGUGAUCAGAAGACAGCCUGCAGAAAGCAUGAUCUGUAUGUGAGUUUCAGAGAAUUGAGCUGGCAGGACUGGAUUAUUGCACCUGAAGGCUACGCAGCAAACUACUGUGACGGAGAAUGCUCUUUUCCUCUAAACGCGCAUAUGAAUGCUACUAAUCAUGCAAUAGUACAGACACUGGUCCAUCUGAUGAAUCCAGAGAACGUCCCAAAGCCAUGUUGUGCUCCAACCAAACUCCACGCAAUCUCCGUGCUCUACUAUGAUGAUAAUUCCAACGUCAUUUUGAAAAAAUACAGGAACAUGGUGGUGCGUUCGUGUGGCUGCCACUGACUUAUGGGACAUGCAUCUCUCUGCCCAACUGCUGCACCCCAGAGACAGACAAAUGUGUGUGAGGACUGACAAGACUGAUAAAGAAAAGAGCAAUAUGAACUGAAUUGUGCAUCAUGGUUUGCUGCUUCUCCUGGUGAAAACAUACAUGGGCGAUUCUCAUGACAUUUCACAUCCUACAAACUGCCAAGAGGAUGAACGUCGCUGAAUCUAUGGACAGACAUUUAACCUGAUGACUGUAGUCUUAAAAGACACACAAUGAAAAUGUAAAUUAUGAGGUAAAAUUCUGUCUCUAUUUAAUAUUUUUAACAAACCGUUCUUGAAAAUGGUCACAUUAUACAUAAUUUCCAUUAUUGAGAUCAGUUUAUGAUGUUGCAAAAGUAGCACCAUCAUUAUUCUUAUUUUGCUGCUCAUGAAACCCUGUGAUAAAUUAAGACAACGCUAGCAUCUGCUAGCUUUAAUUGUAAUGAACAACUGGCUAAUUUUAAACUGUACUCAUCUAAUUUCAUCUUCUGGAUUUAAAGUCUUAUGUCUGUGUGGUGGUGAUGCAGCA